UAAUACACAAGGCUUACAUCAUCCAGGUUUUAAAACUGUGUGUACCUUCUCUCCAUGUGACAUGGCAACCAGAGAAUGAGAACCAAUGAGAACUAUGAAAGACAAUGUCGAGCAGAAGCAACGCCAGUUCCAGUUCCGUGUCAGUACGGAAAGGGCCAAUAGGUAGGCCCAGCGCCAAGCCCCAAAGAGAGGCAGCGACACCGCGGAAAAUGAUAGUGAAAGAGACCAGAGCUGUUAUCAUAGAUAUCGGGACUGGGUCCUGCAAGUGUGGCUUUGCUGGAGAGCAGAAGCCAGCCCACGUGAUCUCAUCGACCGUGGGCAAGCAUUUCCAGGAGACUGCGAAAACAGGAGACAACAGGAAGGAAACUUUUGUCGGUAAAGAACUUCGGGAUGCCGGAAUACCCCUGAAGCUCAUCAACCCUUUGAGACAUGGCAUAAUAGUGGACUGGGAUACCGUUCAGGACAUAUGGGAGUACAUUUUCCACAAGGAGAUGAAGAUCCGACCAGAGGAGCAUGCUGUCCUGGUAUCCGACCCUCCCCUCAGCCCCACCACCAACAGAGAGAAAUAUGCGGAGAUGCUCUUUGAGACCUUCUGCACCCCUGCCAUGCACAUUGCCUAUCAGUCUCGCCUGUCCAUGUAUUCCUACGGGAAGACAUCCGGUCUCGUUGUGGAAAGCGGCCACGGGGUUUCUUAUGUCGUUCCGAUCUACGAAGGCUACACUUUGCCCAGCAUCACCGAGCGAGUAGAUUAUGCUGGGUCAGACGUCACUCAAUAUCUCAUGAAAUUAUUAAACGAGUCUGUGAAACUGUUCUCAGAGAAAGACUGGGAGACCCUGGAAGACAUCAAAGAGAACCACUGCUUCACCUCACUGGAUUUCCAGCAGGAUUCCACAGCACCUGUGGGGAAACAUGAGAUCGAGUACGGGCUUCCCGACGGGCAAGUGAUCCAUAUCGGUCGGGAGAGAUUCAUGUGUUCUGAAAUGCUCUUCAAGCCGUCCUUGAUCAACUCGCAGCAGUUGGGGCUUCCUCUCUUGACCAUGACGAGCCUCAACAAGUGUGAUGCCGCCCUCAAGAAGAACCUAAUGGGCAACAUCUUGCUGUGCGGGGGCUGCACCACAAUGAAAGGCUUUGCUGACCGCUUUCAGAAAGAGCUGACUAGGAUGUGUCCGAAUGAUAAACCCAUUCUGGUAGCCUCCCCUGAAAGAAAUACCUCCGUGUGGACGGGAGGCUCCAUCUUAGCGUCCCUCAAGGCCUUCCAGCAGCUCUGGGUUCAUCGCAAGGAAUAUGAGGAACGGGGUCCUUUUUACAUCUACAGGAAAUGUUUCUGAGCACACAACAAGCAGAUGACUCUCUCUCUCUCUCUCUCUUUCUUAAGCAGGUGCUUGUUGUUGAAGAAAUCAACCAGAAUAUUGAUUGCUGUGUAAGA